AUGGCCAAGAAGAGGAGGAAUAAUGGGUGUGCCAACAAGGGUGGCGGCCACGUGCAGCCCAUCCACUGCACCAACUGUGUCCGCUGUGUGCUCAAGGACAAGGCCAUCAAGAAGCUCGUCAUCUGCAACACUGUAGAAGCUGCAGCUGUCAGGGACAUUUUGGAGGCCAGCGUCUUUGACUCCUUUGUGCUGCUCAAACUGUAUGUGAAACUACAUUGCUGUGCGAGCUGCAGGAUCAACAGAACGGUAGUGAGGAAUUGGUCCCAUGAGGAAUGA